UUUAAAGUACUCACCAGGUUUAACCGUUUAACAAGUACUGGGAUGACAGUUUCUUCUCUCCAAUGAAUCUCGUACCCUGCAAAAUUGUUUGUUAAAGGCCUUCAACUUGUUCUCUCUUUCUCCCAAGUUUAGUAUUCCUUUUCCCUUGUACUUCAACUACACCUCUUUAACUGUUCAUCCACUACAACUUUUCUUUUUUAUUCUCUCUUUCAAUGGCACCCACCGGCAGAAGAGCCAGAAGAACAUUGAGAAAAACGAUCAAGCCACGAAGAAGUCAUUACCGAAGGAAGCUUGCCAAGCCCACUAUUCAAAAGACAUCAGUGCUGUUGGAGGAUUUGGUUUCCAAUUCUUCCACCAUAAGUUCAGAUAAUCUUUCCAAGAUGGAGGGAUUCAAUAUCCAAGGAGUUGAUGAUCAUAUCUCUACCACUACUAUAAAUCCUUGCUCAACGCCGAAAGCUCCGAGGUUUCGGAUACCGGAGGUGGAUACAUGCCCUCUGGCACCCAAGAAACAAAGGGUUCUCUCCAAUUGCUCAUUGCAAAGAACACCUAUUGCUUUCUUUGCUCCUCCGGAUUUAGAGCUCUUCUUCUUCUUUGCACAUAGGGAUAUCUCAGUCUGAUGCCACAAACAUAAACACCCUUUCAAUAGUUUUAAGAUUAGGUGUUUCUUCAGUUUGAUUUCACUGAGUACAGUUUAAGAGCUUCUUCUACGAGUGUUUUAGGAAGAGGAAGGAGGAAAAGUUGGUAGCUAUUUUGCUUAGUUUUUUGGGGCAAAUUUUGUUGGGUUCUCAAGUUUGUAGGGUAUGCUAAUCACUAAAUUUAGCUUGGGCUCCAUCUCCAACUAAGUUUAGCUUUAAUUCCUUCUUUUUUUUAUAUAUUUUUCAAAUGUAUGCUGACUUUUGGAAGUGUGCAAUAUUGUAACAGUGUGGG